AUGGGCGGAGACAUUUGGCUAACACCUCGCCUCCAGCUAUGUUUGGCUCACUACUGCGACACUCACGGCCCGACGCCGUUGAUGGUGACUGAGGGCCUGCGCAACCCCUGCACCAUCUGCUUCGAGGACCCGGCGGCGAGCCCGAGGGCGGCCAAGUCUCCUGGCGACGUCCGCCCACGCUCCGGCGCGCCCACGUCGGCGCCCCAGUCGCAAGCCCCCGCGGGCGCUCUCAACGAUGCGCUGCGUGACCUGAACAUUGCCCGCAGCGCCUCUGCCCCGGCGUCGGAGCCCGAUGCCCAGGCACAACGGGCGGCGUUCCGACGCGCCGCGGCCGCAGCGGCCGGCUCGUCGUCCCCCCUGGAGACCCCGCCCGACAGCCCGCGGCCCAUGUUCCAGCAGCCUCGCCGCGACUCGAGCUUCCGCCGCACCUAUGACGACACGGUGACCAGGAAGCAGGGCCCGUGUGACAACUGCGCGAUGACGCUCCCGCGACGGCAAGGAGCCGGCAACGACUACGUGACCGACGCCCAGGGCCCGACGCUGCGAACGCGCACCCCCAUCGAGCGCGUCUUUGGCGCCGGACCAGCGUCGCCCCCGAGUUCGCAGUCGUCUAGCGACACGGAUGGGGACCGCGAGGCGACGCGGCGCAUCCGCAGCCGGCGGGCCGCACCGGCGAGUUCGCGGACGACGUCGUGCUCGAGCACAUCGACGUCCUCCGGGCGGUCGGCACAUCACUUUCACUACGUCAGCUACACAUCGACACACGAGCCCAUCCUCGCCGACUCCUUCUCCCUGGUGCGCGCCUCAUGUCUGAGAGCCCUAUCGUUUGAGACGCUACCCCGGGCUCCCUCAACUUCGACGCCGACGUCCUCUCCCCAAGUGAACUCGCCGUCGUUUGUCACGACGCAGAGCCCCGGGUCAGCGGCCACUGGCGGCGCCAUCUUCUUUGGCGAUGCCAUGGCGGGCUACACGACAGCGUACAUUUUCCGGAUUCCGGAUCUACACGCUCGCGGCCACAAGCGAAUCUACGCGUUCCUGGCCCUCAGCACCGAAAAGGAACGCCUCGCCAUGAAGACGUUCUCGAUGAUCUCGACGCACUUUCGCGACAUGGCGACGUGGAUCCAGCAGCUGGCCGAGGCCGAGGCGGAGCGGGCCCGGGAGUCGUCCCCGAUCGGCAGCGUCCUGAACAACGGCGCGGUACCGCAACCGGCGCCGUCGGCAUUCGACCCCCCGGCCGCUGCGGCGGACCGUGGCGGCAGCAGCUUCCUCACCGGCGGCAGCGGCUUCACAAGACGCAUGGGCGGGCCGGGCGGCGCGUCGUCGCUCAAGGCCCGCGGGCUGGCGGAGCUGGUCGGGCAGCCCGACUUUUUCAUCGAGCUGCACGGCCGCUUCGUGCGCCUUCUCCUGGAAGCCGGCGUCGCGAUGAGCUCGUGA